CCCACAACCUAAAUGUCUUAAAACGCCAUUUUUCAUGUUAAUCUGAAGCCUCUGUUUCCAAAAUCUCCUCUGAGGGGGCGUGGCUUUUGGAGCUCCGCCCCUGAUGAUUGCUUAAAUCUUCAUUGUUGCUACAUAAAAAUGUCAAGCAGUAUUGGUGGAAUUAUUUGGUAGUGUAUUGCAUUUAUUCAGGAAGUAUAAAUCAGAAAGUGUCUCUACUUUCAGAGGAGUACCUCAGGGUUUGAUGCUAAGACCUUUGCAGUUUGUCUUAUAACCAACCAGUUAAAGAAUAUCUUUCAUUCAAACAGAGCCUGUUUGAUUGACAGAGAUUUUAAAGGAAAAUACUCUGAAAUGCAAAAAUGAAAUGAUCUCUUGUUACAUCUGUUCUUUUUCAUAAGAAAAAUGACACAAAUACUUGUUAAAAACUCAAAACAGAGCUGGAAUUUAAAUUAAUUUUCCUGCUUGCUGCAAAAACCUAUCUUUUAAUUUGCCUUUAGACGAAUGCAAUAAAAACAAGUAAUGCUGUUGUAAAAAUAAAAGACUAAAAAAAGAAAAAUCCGUUCAUGGAAUGGUUCAAACCAUAUUAAUAUUUAUAGUUCAUCAUAUUAUUACAGGGAAAAAAAUCUAUUUUCACUUUUUAAAAUUAACUAAUGAGAAUCAACACCUUAAUCCAAAUUCUGCUCAUCUAAAAACACGUGGUUCUUUAGCCACGAGACACAUUUUGCUGCGUAAUUUCCGUGCGCCACCAGCACGCAUGCACGCGGGCUAGUGGAUGAGGCUGCGCGCGCGGAGGAGCUCAGACAGCAGCUGAUGCUUCACUGGAUCCACUUGACGCCCGCUGGAGUUCAGUUUGAGGAUCAAUCGAUGGACUUCUGUGCCACGUUUGGGUUAUGAAAUGACCGCACGUGAGCGCAAUCCCACCAUCUUUUGGAGCGCGGAGCGUCGGUUGAAAAUGUCUGAGCUCCACAACAGAAGCCAAACCAGCGCCCGACGCAGUGACUAUGUGUGGCAGUACGAGUAUUAUGACGACGAGGAGCCCGUCUCCUUCGAGGGACUCAAAGCGCACAGAUACUCCAUAGUCAUAGGAUUCUGGGUUGGAUUGGCGGUGUUUGUCAUUUUUAUGUUCUUUGUUCUGACGUUGCUCACUAAGACUGGAGCGCCGCAUCAGGAGAAUCCAGACGCUGCUGAUAAGCGUCACCGACCAGGGAGCUGUCUGGUAGACAUCGAAGACCAAAAAGAUAAAAGCGACAAGGCCUUCUCCCGCCCUCUGCUGACAGGGACGCGCUCCUAUUUUAAUUUCUACGUAAACGAAGAAGGUCAGGCCCAGAGGGAGAACAACCGCGAGGAUGGCGGGGGCUCGUUCAAAGACAGAAGGGGAACCCGCUCCUCCGAUGUGAUGGAGGAGGAGAUCGAGGACGCAGGGACUCCCCAUCCUCUCAACGGACUUAUAGAGGAAAGCCGGAUGGAACGAGAGCGCGUCUUUUUGUCUCAAUACAACAUCCCUAACUUUGUGAACUUGGAGCACAGUUCCACUCUCGGAGAGGACGAUCUGGUGUAUGAACCAUCGGUGGUGUUGGAGCGCCAUUCUCAGACACCUUGUGACACCCACUAACUCCAAGAGACACACCUCUUUCUCCUCCAUCUGUGGCAAUUCAAUCAGCAAUCGAGGUGAUGUGACAAAUCUGAAGAGUAAACUCACAGGUUUGAGAUGACAUUUCAGAGAUAAGAUUGCCUCGGUAAGGAUGCCUGGUAUUUUGAGCACAGUGUGCAUGAAUUGGAUGCAGCCGCUGAGGAGCGAGUUUACUUCCGUUUGGAGAAACUGGUAAAUUAAAGAGGAAGACGAGCUCCAGCGGAUCCAAUACAUUGAUCGUGUUUUACUUCAGGACUCCAGACACUGUUACAUUUGGAGCAAAAGAAGGGAUUUAAACCUUGAAUUAUACUACUUCCAUGUCAAAACGUGAUGUUCUUGUAGCACUUAUGGAAACACUGCUGCUCUUAAAUAGUAUUUAUCCCUUAUAUUAAAUGUGAAUUUGGGAAAAAAUGAUUAAAUGUAAUGUCAUAAUAAAUAAAAGCUAAUAACCACA